GUAAACUUGUCUAUAUUUUCUAUGAUAGCAUAUGCAUACUUAAAACAACUGAGACAUUAUGACAUUAAAACAAGUUUAGGGGUGCCCUGAUAGCCGAAUAUGACUCCUCUGUCUGCCUCUCAGCAUCCUACUGUACUCGUAACGAAAAGUAAUAAAGGCAAUACACCCCAAAACAUAACUUAAAAAAAUACAACUUUAAAAGAAUUUGUAGCUUAAAGGAACCAAGAGCUAAUGAAAAACCUGAUUUGGAACAUAACACAUAAAACAGCAAAAAUAUGAAGGCACAUGUGGCAUGAAAAACAUUCAGUGCUUUGGCUAUUUGAUUUCAGUUCUGACAUGUUGGAAUAUUGUUUGGACAUUUUAUUUGGUCGAGUAAGGCUGCAGCUGAAAUAUCUCUUAUUGCUUCCUCCUCACAAGCAUGACUUGUCAAUUUCCUCCGCUGUGUGUAUACAGACCUUCAGUGCUUGAUGUUCCGGGGCUUGUACUUUGAAAGGAUCCGGUGGGGGCAUGUGGCGCACCCUGUGUGACUUGACGGCAGGUAGGAGGAGGAUGAAUCAUCAGGAGAAAGACUGAUGAGAGACACUCGGAGGACGUCUUAUCUGAUCUGAGACCAGCUGUGGAAAACAUCUGCAGCAGGCCCCUGAACGCGUCGGGGUGUCUCUCCGGUUCUCGCCUAUUUUUUGUCUCUGGUGUGUUAAUGAUGCCGGAUCAAAUCUCAGUGUGUGAGUUCCUGUCGGAGACCACCGAAGACUACAACUCUCCCACCACGUCCAGCUUCACCACCCGGCUGCUGAGCUGCAGGAACACCGUCAGCAUCCUGGAGGAGGCUCUUGAUCAGGACCGCUCAGCUCUGCAGAAGGUGAAGAAGUCGGUAAAAUCCAUGUACAGCUCAGGACAAGAGCAUGCUGGGAACCAGGACAGCUUCAGCCAGGCACUGGAGAGAGUGGGAGGAAACAACUCUGAACUGGGAGCUGCCUUUGUUAAAUUCUCAUGCCUCAUUAAAGAACUGGCUGCUCUGCUCAGGAACCUGCUGCAGAGUUUGAGUCAUAACGUGGUCUUUACUCUGGACUCUCUGCUGAAAGGAGAUCUGAAAGGAGUCAAAGGGGACCUGAAGAAACCCUUUGAUAAAGCCUGGAAGGACUAUGAGACCAAGUUUGCAAAGAUCGAGAAGGAAAAGAGAGAACAUGCCAAACAACAUGGUAUGAUCCGGACUGAAAUCACUGGUGCUGAAAUUGCUGAAGAGAUGGAGAAAGAGAGGAGGCUGUUCCAGCUGCAGAUGUGUGAGUAUUUCAUCAAAGUCAAUGAGAUUAAGACUAAGAAGGGAGUGGAUCUGCUGCAGAACCUCAUCAAGUAUUAUCAUGCUCAGUGCAAUUUCUUUCAGGAUGGCCUGAAAACAGCUGACAAACUGAAGCAGUACAUCGAGAAACUGGCUGCAGACCUGCACAAUAUCAAACAGAGCCAGGAUGAGGAGAAGAAGCAGCUGACAGCUCUCAGAGACCUCAUCAGGAGCUCCCUACAGCUGGACCAGAGGGAGUCCAGGAGAGACUCUCAGAGCAAACAGAGCGGAUACAGUAUGCAUCAGCUGCAGGGGAACAAGGAGUUUGGCAGUGAGAAGAAAGGAUACCUGCUGAAGAAGAGUGACGGACUGAGAAAGGUCUGGCAACGAAGGAAAUGUUCAGUGAAGAGCGGCGUCCUCACAAUCUCUCAUGCAACAUCUAACAGACAGCCAGUCAGAUUGAACCUGCUCACCUGUCAGGUGAAACCCAGCGCAGAGGACAAGAAGUGCUUCGAUCUCAUCUCACAUAAUCGGACAUACCACUUCCAGGCUGACAAUGAGCAGGAUUUUGUCAGCUGGGUGUCCGUGUUGACCAACAGCAAGGAGGAGGCCCUGAAUGUGGCCUUUCAGAGUGGAGGUCAGAGUUCAGGUGUGGAGGAAGAAGAGGAGCUCACCAAGAGCAUCAUCGACGAGGUGCUGCGGUCACCAGGCAAUGACACCUGCUGCGACUGUGGAGCCACAGAUCCUCGCUGGCUCUCCACCAACCUGGGUGUUCUGACCUGCAUUGAGUGUUCAGGGAUCCACAGAGAGAUGGGGGUCCAUGUGUCCAGGAUCCAGAGUCUAGAAUUGGACAAACUGGGAGCGUCUGAGCUGCUGCUUGCUAGGAAUGUUGGGAACUGUAGUUUUAAUGAAAUCAUGGAGGCCAGUCUUCCAUCUCCAUCUUUGAAGCCAACAGCCUCCAGCGACAUGACGGCAAGAAAAGAGUUUAUCAAUGCCAAGUACAUCGACCGCAAGUUUGUCAGACGCUCUGCCUCCACAGUGACCAGCAUGCUGGAUGACCUGUAUGAAGCGGUCCGAUCCCGAGACCUGCUGUCAGUUAUCCAGCUGUAUGCUGAGGGGGCGGAGCUGCUGCAGCCCAUCCCUGAACCCGGCAAGGAAGCAGGAGAGACUGCGUUACAUUACUGUGUCCGAACAGCUGAUCACUCCUCCCUCCACCUGGUCGACUUCCUGGUCCAGAACAGUGGUAAUCUGGAUGGACAGACGGAUGGAGGAAACACAGCUCUGCAUUACUGCUGUCUAUACAACAAACCACAGUGUGUGAAACUGCUGCUGAGAGGAAAACCUGACAUCCACAUCACCAAUCAGAGCGGAGAGACAGCCCUGGACAUUGCCCGCAGACUAAAGAACUCCCACUGUGAAGAGCCGCUGGUAGAGGCUGUGUCUGGAAGGUUUAACCCUCAUGUUCACGUUGACUACGACUGGAACCUCAGAUUGGAUGAACUGGAUGAGAGUGACGAUGAACUUGACGACAAGCCGAGUCCGGUGAAGAAGGAGCGCUCCCUCCGUCCUCAGAGUUUCUGUCCGUCCUCCAGUGUUUCCUCUCAGGAGAAAUUCUCCUUGCCAGCGUCUGUUGUUCCUCCUCACAGAGAAAAGCAGCAUCUUUCCUACGGAGCAUUUGCCAACCCCGUCUACAGCAUCUCCUCUGACACUCCUCCAUCCCCAGGACCUGACACUUCAGGACCUUCACCAGCUAUCAGGAGUCAGGGGAAAGGCUUUGCCACUGGCCCACCCACCUCCCUCCCCCUCACCUCCCAGACGAGUGGUGGAGGAGGAGGAGGCGGGGCUGCUGGAGGAGGGAGCUCCACCCUGAAGAAGAGACCCCCUCCCCCUCCACCUGGACACAAGCGUGCCCUGUCAGACCCCCCGAGCCCCAUCCUGCAGGGACCUCCAGGAAGUGAGGUGACCCCCCCACCUGGAAACCGGACUUCACCUGCCAACAAGUUUGAAGGAAUCCAGCAGCAGAGUAUGACCGCCAGUAACACCAAGUCCACGCUGGGACCCAGAGUUCUGCCCAAACUUCCUCAGAAAGUGGCUCUAAGAAAGAUUGACACCAUCUACUUCCCCUCUGUGGAUAAACCCAGCCAGGCUCCAGAUGUCCUCCACAAACCUUCCUCCUCUCCCUCCUCCCAGCCUGAUCCCCAGAAAUCCCCUCCCUUUAUCGAUGCCUCCCCUAAAGCCCCCGUCACCCCAGUGGAGUCCACCCAGAGAGCCCCAUUGUCUGAGAAGCCCCAGCUGUCCGACCUCCCCCCAAAACCCCUCCUCAGAGACCUCCCACCUAAACCCCAGAUCUCAGACAUGCCUCCCAAACUGAUACUAAGCGACAGGCCUGGUCCCACCCCUGUUUCUAUGGAGAUCCAGGCAUCCAGAAUGGCAGCAGCUGCAGAGAGCCAGUUGCCUGCCCAGCAGGGGGAGCUGUCACCUCGGCCGGCAGCUGAAGAUGAUGACGAGUCGCUGCCCGGAGCUGUGGAGACGCCGGUGCCUCUGCCCAGGAAGAUCAACUCUGUGAAGAAUAAAGUCCGGCGGGUGAAAACCAUCUAUGACUGUCAGGCCGAUAACGAUGACGAACUGACCUUUGCUGAGGGAGAAGUCAUCAUCGUCACAGGAGAGGAGGACCAAGAGUGGUGGAUCGGACACAUUGAAGGGCAGCCAGAGAGGAAAGGCGUCUUCCCCAUGUCCUUUGUUUACAUGCUCUCUGACUGACAGCCACAAAGACCAGCGCGAGGCUGCUGCCAACUGACGCAAGCCCCGCCCACAUGCAGAGGUCAGACUGGUGCCAGUGGGUGGAGUCAGUCACUCAGUGAGUAACCUGCUGCUGCCCAAUAGGAAUAAAGUAAUGAAGCCAGCCUCGGUUCACAGUCUUCACUGUAAAUAGACUGUAUUAUUCUGCCCAACAGUGUUACCAUAGAAACCCAGCAUUCCAGCAUGCAGACCCAGGUGGGCUGUAGCAGUGAGGGGUUUACAGAGAAGGAAAACGCACACAGGCCAGAGGUCAUCUGGAUGUCAGCAUUUAACAUUAGUCCAUCGCCGCUCCCCGCACAGACGCACAAAAAAAAGAUAAAGAAAAGCAGGAUAACAGAGUCAGUAGUUCAUUUUCAUAUGUUAACAGAUCUGUCACUACUCUGAUUCUCAGCCAUCAGCUCUGACUAAAUGCCCAGCACAAAAAAAGCACCAAGCCCAUCAGUACUCACCUAAUGUGAAGGAAACUGCUUUACCAUCGUCUUUAGCAUGUACAGUAUAUUGUAGCUCUGCAUGGGUCCAGUUUGGCCACUCAAAUCUUUAAUUCAAUUUGGGAUGCAAGACUGUGGGCUGAAAUAAAAAAAGAAUCAGGUUAUGACCUUUGUGAAAUCAUGUUCAUAAAUCAGCUUUAUGGCUAUGUAGGAUUUGUAAACCUGUGAAGAAACUCUCCAGAAAACACAGUGACACACAGUCCUGAGCCGCUUCCACAGGCACUAAGCUCAUACAGUGAAAUCACAGCAGUAUAUUUUUACAUUUUACACUGAAUACAGUGCGCUUUUGUAUGUUAUGAAUGUUCGUUAUGAAGCAUCAAAUAUCUGACACUAUGUGAUAAUCAACCAGGCAAAUCCACAAACCUCAUUCAAAGACCCAACAGAUACAUUUCCUGUGAAUUUAAAUAUCAAAUUUCAAUAUGCAUCUGUUUUUUGCAGGGCUCUAAUAUAGUGUACCUACACUUCAUCAGUAAUUCCUAAACAUAUUAAAUGAUUGCAAAAAUGUGGGUAAGGUCUGGAAGGAGCUUUUCUCCAGACUUUGACAAUAUAAAGUGGUGAAUAUUCCUAAAAAAACUGUGAGUUUGACACAGAUUUCACUUUCAUGCAUAUCUGGCGAGUACUGGAGCAACAGUUCCUAAAUUGGUCUUAGAUCGGUUUCACGUGUUUUCAGAGUUCCAGUAUGACUUUUCCUUCUCUUCAGAUUCCUCAGACUCACAUCUUUCCAAAGCCAGCUCUGUAUUUCCUGUAUGUAUCUGUAUAAAACAGUAACCCCUGUACUUCCUGAAGUCUGUCUCUGUUCAGACUGUACACACCUGUCACCUGCGUGGGUUUCUGUACAGGUCUUCAUUAACCUGCUUUCAUUGCAACAGAAUCAAACUCUGUUUAUGUCUUUAUGUCCACAAGGCUCAUGUUGUUAAAGCUUGAGUUUUCUUUAAAAAACUCACAAUACUUGACCUUUUUUUUUCUAACAGCUUUAGAGGAGAAGUUCACUACGAGUCCCAGGGAGUUUUAUUGUCACAAAUAACAGGAAUGUAGAACAACAGAAGGCCCAAGAUUGAUCCCUGAGAAACUUCUGUUAGGAUAACAAUAAAGCUAAUCAAUACCUGCAAUAUAUGCAUGUGAUGGAUGACCCGUCAAAGUUUAUAGUUUUAUAAUCAAUUAAACUCAAAAACUGCUGUUACAAUCAAUCAAAAAUCAGCUUAUCACUCUGUGGAAGUUGAUAGAAGGUGAAGCUGAAAAGUUUAAUCAAGUGCUCUGAAUGUGAUAAAAGAUGAUAUUACAGGUGACUGCCUUGCUGUUACAUUUCAGUUUUUUCUUCUUUACUAUUUUAAAUAAAAGAUAAACGCACUAAAUACUUUCCAAAUUCACAACAUCCUCCAGACUCACUUUGAAACUUUACUUAAUUUGAAAUGGAAUCCUCAAUUUUUGGCCUAAAUGUUGAUGCAGUAAAUAUAUUUCAAAGGUAUUUCUACACAAUUUAAGGGAUUUGUAAGGGAUAAACUUUAAAAAACAAAUCCUAAAACAUUCCAUAAAAGAACGUUAUUUAUCAGGGAUAGCAGGCAUCAAUUCUAAGGGGUUUUAAGGUAUAAAACAUCUGUAAAACUUUGAAGUUAAUCCAGUAAUAACCCCUAAAAAUGUUAUAUUAAUUUCUCCUUUACUUAAACUGGAGUUAACAAUAAUGUUUUACCUGUUAUGUUAUUUUUGUAAAUGGUUUUCACUCCAUGAAAAGCCUUUAAUCCAUGCAGAACAAAUAACUUCACAGUUAAAGGAAACGCCGUGUCCCUGAUGAAAUUACAUGGGGUCUAUGAGGUUUAGGUUUUUAGCAUAAUCAAGAAAUUAUUUCUCUGGUUAUCAAACACAUUUCUAUUAAGAUGUGUUAAUAACAAGGGUUACUUGGGGAAUUUUAAGGCACUGGUGUUUUAAAGUGACUGAAAACAUCAUCAAUGAGUAGUGAACAUUUUGUAAUGUGGUGUAAUAAAAUCACAGGGAGUUGAUUUUGUGAUGAAAGCUGUUUGUAUUGUUGGUCAGUGGACAUUUACUCUGUUUAGUCUUAUUAAUGAAUAGGGACAUCUCCAGACCAUCUGAACAUGACAUUUAUGGCAAAUUAAUUAUUUAUAUCAUCACCAUCAACACUCCUCCCUGUAUGACCCAAUAUGAUAUAGUAUUAAAGGAGCAUUCCAACAUUUACUAAACCCUCUGAUGCUCUGUCUGUCUUCUAAGGUCAAAUGAUUUAUAACCGUUUCAUCUCCGUGUGUAGCCUAGCUUAGAUUAGAAGCAGGGGGAAACUGUUAGCCUAGCUCCAUCAGGAGAGGAAAAAAACUUUCUGAUUUACAUGUUCACUCUGGAUGGGACAGAAGAGAAGAUUCUUAAAAUGUCAGGGUGUUCCAGUUCUGGUUUGUGUAGGCUAUAGAUAUAAUAUUUAGAUAUUUUCUGUCAAGCAUGCAUGGCUACAGAGGCUGUAAUAACUCCAUUAACCAGGCAGAGCUGUCAUUUAUUCACAAUUUUAUACAACUAAAUAAUCAAAUAAGAACGUUUGGAAGAGCCUUACAAUCUUCCCAGACAAAAUAAGAGAGCAUAUUUCACUCCAGCUCUAAUUUUCAGGUCAUGUUCAAAGCCAAUGAGCUGUAGUUUGCUAAUGUUAGCUUGAAGCUGAAACGUGCACAACAAACGAGCAUGCUGCUAGCAUUUUGUGCACGUUUGUGCUAGAAAUAUGUUGCUAGUUUGCUGCUGCUGGCUUCAGAAAAAAAAAAGUUCACCCCUCAUACUAACUUGGGUAUAUUAGCUAAUUAGCAUUUAGCAUAACAUUUUUGAGCCAUUAGUCCUCAGUCACACCAGAAAAUGACUCAGAAAAACUAAGAAAAUUAAUCAAUGUUAUCUUGUUCACACAAGUCAAAAACAAUUUGGGACUUCAGGGUUGAAGAGAGCUUCAGAGAGCUAACUACUAGCAUGGAGGGAACCAAGAGAGGGACAGCUGCUUUAACCACUAAAUAUUUCAUUCUUAAAUAGAAUUUUAUUUAUGUAUGUUUGUUUGCUGACUUCUAGCUAGCAUGGUGGCUAAACAUCAUGUUAACCAGGCACUCAUAAAAUGAUCAACAUCUGAAACUGACCUAAAGACAAUUCAUUCUUGAUAUCUGAAUCAGUGUGUGAAUAUAUACUUUAAAGGAGCAGUCUGACAUUCAGCUCAGUUUUGUUAUUUGUCUUCUGCAGUCAGAUUGAUAUCAGCAUCAUCUGUGUCCAUGGUUAGCCUAGCUUAGCACAUAGACUGUAAACGGCUUGCCCAGCUUGAAACUCUACUAUCAAUAUAACACACCUUAUCUGUCAAGGUUUCACAAAAUGCCGGACUGCUCCUCUAAGUUUAAAAUGUCUGGAACUGGAAGCAUGUUGCAUUCACCAGAGAAAAAUGAAGACGUUUCCUCAUAAACAUGAAAAGAUUUCAUAAUUAUGAAGUGUUUAUUCUGAGAUCAGGAUCUUGUGAUUAAGUAUUUUCCUCAGUUGAGAUGCUAGGCCAUCACUGUGACAUCUUUAAUUUGUGUUUUCUUUGGUGAAUGCAAUCUGUUUGUGUAUUACUGUAUUGGCUAUAUUGAUUCUGGCCUAUCAGGACUCAUUCGGUUGGUGAAAUGUGCGAUCUGAUGUUUAAUGUGUAUUAUUAUUUAUUUAGCGUUUGUGUGACAAGGAGACAGAAUAAAACUUGUUAAAGGGAAAAUAUGUUUUCUAUUGACUGAAGGUCCUUGUUUAAAUUUUUUGAAGUUGUUAUAUUGUGAAAUAUGACCUGAGGUAAGAGACAUCAGCUUGUGAAGUCACUAUGUGCUUUUCUGUUGGUUUGGCUGGGACUGAGCCGUACCCAGAGCUAGGGGGAACCAACAUCAUCAAUAAACAUCUGAGGAUAAACUCCCA